AUGAGUUUCGAUUCACAUAACUUAAAUGUAGAUAUUCCAGCUGUUAUGAAGGCUUCGGCUAAUUUGAUCCCCGCUGAAGCUGAUUUGCAAAACAUCACCACUGAAACAACUACCAAUAUUAGUGGAAAUAAAAGCAAAACUAAUAGUUCCAAAAAUAAUAGUAAGGCAGCAUCCAAUGAGUUCGUUAGAAAACUUUACAACAUCUUAGAAAAUAAUGAAUACCCAGAUAUUGUUCGCUGGACAGCUAGAGGUGACAGUUUUGUUGUUUUGGAUACUGGAAAAUUUACGACAAAAAUUUUACCAAAUCACUUCAAGCAUUCAAAUUUUGCCAGUUUCGUUAGACAGCUGAAUAAAUAUGAUUUUCACAAAAUCAAAACUAAACCAGAUGAUAAAGAAAAGCUGAUAUAUGGUGAACUAAGCUGGGAAUUUCAGCAUCCUUGUUUUAGAAUUCAUGAUGCAUCUCAAUUGGACAAUAUAAAAAGAAAAUUAACAUCUCAAAAGAAGAUGGAUGAUCGUCCCCCUGUUGGCGUUAAUAAAAACCAUCCCUCCCAACAAAAUGAACAGGGAGCGAUGCAUACUGUUAGUAAUGACACUAUCAAUCUUUUACGAAAAAGAGUCGAUGGUUUAGAAAAAGAGUUACGAAUGUACAAAGACGAGAACUUAAACUCUAAAGUGGAAGUUCAAAAGCUAAAUUCCAAAUACAAUACGGUUUUGAGUAGUCUUGUUGCAUUCAAAACGGUUAACGAAAAUUUAAUGAACAAUUUCAACAUACUGUGUUCCACUUUAGUAAAUCAUGGGAUUGAACUACCCCACCCACUAUAUGCUACCGGUAAUUAUCAUUCCAGCAAGAGCACUGGCCCUGAUAGCAGUGGUAAUAGUUCGAAAACGCAUAAUCCCCUACCUCUAAUGGUGCAAGAUACUAAAUUUCAUUCACAGCAACAAGGGGUCGUACAUCAAGCAGAUUCAAUGAUGAAUAUAUCAAACAAUACAACUAUAUCACCUCCUGUAAAGAGUGAAGAAUCGUUAGACCUUAAUAAUAUCGUUCUUAGGAAGGGCUUUCACGUCUUACUAGUUGAAGACGACGCUAUCUCAAUUCAACUUUGUUCCAAAUUCCUUAGAAAAUAUGGUUGUACAGUGGAGGUUGUUACUGAUGGCCUUUCUGCAAUUUCAACUUUAGAGAAGUUUAGAUAUGAUCUCGUACUAAUGGAUAUUGUGAUGCCCAACUUAGAUGGAGCAACUGCUACGUCCAUUAUAAGGAGCUUCGAUAACCAAACACCGAUCAUUGCUAUGACAGGUAAUAUUGAAGACCAAGAUUUAAUAACUUAUUUGCAACAUGGCAUGAACGACAUCUUAGCUAAACCGUUUACUAGAGAUGACCUGCAUUCUAUGUUGAUACGCUACCUUAAAGAUAGAGUGCCUUUAUGCGAACAACAAUCAUCACAGCAAGACAGGAGAUUAUCUUCUCAAUCAAGCCACAACCAGUCCAAUACUCCACAACAACAUUUACAGCUAUCCGUGGCUCCACAACAGAUAUCUCCCAGUAGCACUCAAUUUCCGUCAAGUAACCAAUCGCAGUCAGCAUUUCAUAAUACAGCAUACGAUGAGAAUUCUCAUAUUUUGAAGAAACAACAUACAUAA